AGCUUACAAAACCUCUGUUAAUAGUAACUUCUUACAAAUAAACUCUCAGGUGGUUUAAUUGCAUCCUUUCUUGCCACUUUUAAAUCAAAUUAACUAGAUACUCAGAGAGCAGAGCAAAGGAAAAUGCAUUUUCACAAGGUAUCUGACUGGUGAGAAGCGGUACUGCGGCAUAAAGAACCGGCAGGAAUCCGGGCUUUCCCACUCUGGUGGCAAAGAGGGGGAAUCAUGGGUUGGUGGUCUGCUUCAUGUUAGGAGGACACCCCUCCAUCUGUUCACAGCUCAGCCUCUUUCCAAUUUAAAGCCCAGAUUUCCAUACAAACCUCAAUUUCUUUUCCCCAUUUUAAAUGCAAAGCAAGGCUUGUGAAUCACAGAGUCUCGGCUUCUGGGAUUCAGACCAAAUUUCCCCCCAAAAUUCUCAGGCUAUUUGCUUGAAUACCUGCUUACAGUGGUACACAAUGGGCAGCUUUGAGAAGAAAAAUUGAUAAUCUUCACGGAAGAGUAAUUUGAAUGAAAUUACACUUGACAGCCUGUCUCCAAGCAAACAAGAGGCGCGAGGGAGCCUUAGCUAAGCUCCGAGGACUUGCCCAAGCCACUGCUGUGGGAGCUUCCCAGGGAAAAAAAAUCACCAGUUUUUCCAACAUCUAAUUGAGCUUUUGAUUAAUUCCGUGUACCAGAUUCUACUGAAGAAAGGUAGCCAUGGAAGAGAAUAUGGAAGAGGGACAAACACAAAAAGGGUGUUUUGAGUGCUGUAUUAAAUGCCUGGGAGGCAUUCCCUAUGCCUCCCUGAUUGCCACCAUCCUGCUCUAUGCUGGGGUUGCCCUGUUCUGUGGCUGUGGCCAUGAAGCACUCUCUGGAACUGUCAACAUUCUGCAAACCUACUUUGAGAUGGCAAGAACCGCUGGAGAUACACUCGACGUCUUCACCAUGAUUGACAUCUUCAAGUACGUGAUCUAUGGCAUUGCAGCUGCCUUCUUUGUGUAUGGCAUUCUGCUGAUGGUGGAAGGUUUCUUCACGACCGGUGCCAUCAAAGAUCUCUAUGGAGAUUUCAAAAUCACCACUUGCGGCAGAUGCGUGAGCGCCUGGGUAUGUUAUUUGUCGAUGUUCAGGGUUGGAUGUGGGUUUAUUUCAAUAGCACACAGGUGUUCGAUUGACAUCUUCAAGUACGUGAUCUAUGGCAUUGCAGCUGCCUUCUUUGUGUAUGGCAUUCUGCUGAUGGUGGAAGGUUUCUUCACGACCGGUGCCAUCAAAGAUCUCUAUGGAGAUUUCAAAAUCACCACUUGCGGCAGAUGCGUGAGCGCCUGGUUAGUUUUUAUCAUCAUAAGAUUCCUUUUCUCUCUCUGGACUCUUGAAAACAUUUAUAAACUAAGCUAUAAUUUUCUACAUGUAGGGAUUGUGACAGUUGGAGAGGAAAAGAAGAUUUGCACCGUCUCUGAGAAUUUCCUGAGGAUGUGUGAGUCCACUGAGCUGAACAUGACCUUCCACUUGUUCAUUGUGGCACUUGCUGGGGCUGGGGCGGCAGUUAUUGCUAUGGUUCACUACCUUAUGGUUCUGUCUGCCAACUGGGCUUAUGUGAAAGAUGCCUGCCGAAUGCAGAAAUACGAGGACAUCAAGUCGAAGGAGGAGCAAGAGCUUCAUGACAUCCACUCUACUCGCUCCAAAGAGCGGCUCAACGCGUACACAUAAAUAAACCCUUCCUGUCCUUCCCACCUUUCCGAUGCAUUGGUGUUUAACUAAGGGCCAUCCAACCAUCCAACCUUUUGAAAACAAAAAUGGAAGUGCUUCUCAUCAAUGAUAUGUAGGGUGACUUAGGAAUCACCUGAACACAAUUCCUUGUUGUUUAGCACUUAAUUUCCUAAUUUGUUAAAUUGGUGUGAUCAGAUCUCUUCUACAAGCUCCUAUCCAGCCUUUUCCUUUUUUUAAAUUUCUCAAACUCAUCUAAUAAUUCUGUAAGAUUGAAGAUACUGACAUUGUCAAAUGCAGAGAUUUAUUUGAUUUUUAACCACUUCCCAUGUGUUAAUACAUAACACCUUUUGCAUUAUUUCUUAUGUUUUGAAAAGAAAAAUAGCUUUUUAUACUUUUUAGUUUUGAUUUCGGUAACUAGUUUAACUACAGGUAACCUUCAAAGGGACCAUUGUACAUUAUGAACAAUAGAGACGGUGUCGUGAUAAUUCUUCUUGAAAUCUGGAAAUCCCGUCUGGAGAUCAGUGGCCACGUUAACGACAGGCCCUGGUUCAUGUUCUCAUUAAUCUAAGGUGCAAUUUCUAAAUUUGUAAGAGUAGGUUUGAAAAAAAAAAAAGUGCUUCUUAUCUUUGUUAACAUUGUAUUUUUUUCUUGAUGUACUUAAAAGGUAUUUCUCUCCGAUUACUCAUGUUUAUGUUGUGAGCACGUAGAAACAGUAAUGCUAUUGCAUGGCUAGUUGCCUUUUUAAGAUUGUGACACCAGACUUACCUUGUAAAGCUUAGUAUAGAGACAAUUUUAAUGGAAAUAACUACUGUGAACUAUUGGAGAAUGAUCUCUUUGUGAUUUAAGCAGUGGCUGGAUUGGAACUUUUAAUAUGCUAAUGUGGAACAUUAAUUACCUUUAUGAAGGUGGUAUAUGAAAAAAAUAAGCACAGUAACCCCUCCGAAGUUGUUUUACCUACUUUAAAACGUUUUAACGGAUUGCACCUCUGUAAACUAUCCCUCCAAUGUGUAUGAUAUAUUUGAAAAGGCUCCUAUUAAUAUAAUAGCUUUGCUUGCAGCCUUCCAAUCCAUGUUGGUUUACCUGUAGUGUUUUUUAAACUGUGGUCAGAGGCCACUCUAGAAUGUAUCCCUUCCAAGUGUAGUGAUAUAUCUGUGUUUUUAUUUGAAGUAAGUCAUUUUAACCAAAUGUUCAUUCAUAAUCAUUUAUAAGAAGUACCUAUAUCAAAGGAAUAAAAAAAAAAAAAAGCAAUCAGUAUUACUGGACCAAAAUUGGUGUUUGUUUUAACCUUGACUCUUCUUUUGAUUAUUUCUAAUGCUACAAGAAUGCUGUAAAGUGUCUUUUAAAAUGAUGUAGCCUGACAAGACAUUUUUGUCAGUGUAUAAAAAUUAGGUAGUAUUGUGCACUGAUUUGACCAUUGUGAAAUCUUUUCUCAGUGUAAGUGCAUUUCUAAUAAAAUUUAUGAGUGAAACAAUCUUUGUACAACGACUAGUCAUGCAUCAUCCGUAAUUUUACAAGUUCUUGUAGUAGGUAGCGGGGUAUUACUAGGGUUAUCUGUGGCAUGAUUAUGCAUUCUGUAGUAUUAUUUGAUUAAUUUGGGGUUUUGCUUCUUUUUCUUUUUUUUUUACACGUAGAUUAAUCUUACUGGCUCAACAUUUUUCUGAUAUAUGCAGUAUUACAGAUAUUCAGCAAAAGUAUUAAUGGGCUUCUUUAAAUUCUAUAUUAUAGUGUUUCAGUUCUGUGUCUUAACAGUUUGUGAUGAUUUUUAAAACUGUCUUUUAAACUUAUGUAAUGAUGUUGAUGCUUUUGGCUUUUUUUUUCCUGGUAUUAGAGUUUGUAUUUUCACAAAGAGUGCUUUGUAGCAGGCAUUACAAUUAAUCUGUUUUGUACAUAAAUGUGCCAACAGCUUGACGGUGGCGUUUUUGAAAUGUAGAACAAAGUGCUUGCAAAAUGUAAUAAAUGCACUUGUGUACUUUGUGUACUUAUUCUUA